UUGAUGGAGUGUUCGAAACAAGCCAGUUGUGUUUAUAGCACAGCGGUAUUCAAGUGGCGCGAAUAGUUACCCGGGAAUAAUGAAACAUGGCGACCCUCCAGAAGUAGAGUGCUCAACUUUUUCACUGGUAAAGAAGAUAAACUUGAAAUGUUCAGUGCACAGAAACUGGAUAUAAAAGCUACUGAGCUUAAGGCUGGGUUGUUGCUUUCUGAACCUUUACAUGACGAAGGACCUAAAGAAGAAGAGAAUAUUGAAAGAGCAGUCUGUUCUUACUCAAAUGAAUCAGAGCGCUUUUUGUUAAAAGACAGAAGCUUUUCAAGGCAGUAUGCGCAGAUCUAUUCAGUCCGCAUCAUGGCAAUGAGUAAGAAGUUAGCCACAGCUGCAAGAAGGAAAUGGGGUUUCACUUUUAAAAUAAAGAAACUGUCUGAAGUGAAAACGGAUGAAAAAUGUUUUGUUAUCGGAACGCUAUUCAAGAAAAUGGAAAUGAAACCUAGUAUUUUAAAGGAAAUAAGUGAAGAGCAUAAUUUGAUGCCACAGCCCUCCAGAGAGAGAUUUACAGAAGAUAGUGAUGAACUUGUCAUAGAGGAUGAAACAGAGAGAGUGUCACUUACUGGUAACAUACAAGUUGGAACGUGUGUAACAGGAAGUUUAGUAGCUCUCUGUGGUCGUACAAUUGACAGUGGUAAAUUUGCUGUUGAAGAUUAUUGUUUCAGUGGCCUUCCUUACCAAACUGUACCAAACCUUGAUAAACAUUUGUCCAAGGGUGAAGAUUGUUAUGUUGCGUUUAUCUCUGGUCUUGGAUUUGGUGAUAAAAGUCAGGAUUUACUCGGCCUUCAGAUGUUUUCUGAUUUGGUGAUUGGAGAACUUGGUAGUGUACAGGAUCAGGAAUCUUGUUCAAAGAUAAGCAGAGUUAUCAUUGCUGGAAAUGCCUUGAGCCAUUAUACCGUUAAUAAAGACAGUGAAGCAAAGGCAAAGUAUUUGACUAGAAAUACUGAGGCUGGUAGUGUGGAGGCUAUGAAGUGUUUGGAUGAAUUUCUAAUGCAACUGGCUUCAUGUGUUCCAGUUGACAUAAUGCCUGGGGAGUUUGAUCCAGCUAAUCACACAGUGCCCCAGCAGCCUCUUCAUCGCUGCAUGUUUCCCCAAGCAGCUGAUUAUCCAACUUUUCAAAGUGUGACCAACCCAUAUGAAGCUGUAAUUGGUGGAGUAAGAAUCCUUGGAACUUCAGGACAAAACAUUCAAGACAUUUCCAAGGUUUCAACUUUUGAGGAUGGUUUGGAUAUUCUUGAACACAACAUGAUUUGGGGCCACAUUGCACCCACAGCCCCAGACACCCUAGGGUGCUACCCAUACUAUGAAAAGGAUCCUUUUAUUCUGGAGAAAUGUCCCCAUGUGUACUUUGUUGGCAAUCAACACAAGUAUGCAAGCAAAGUUAUCCAGGAUGAAAAUGGCCAGAAAGUGUUAUUGGUGACAGUUCCUGCCUUCUCCAGUACUAAGACAUGUGUGAUGCUAAAUCUAAGAACACUAACCUGCCACCCAAUUAACUUUUCUUCUUUCCCAUUGACACCAGAUGUUGAGGCAUUAAGUGAAGCAAAGCUGGAAAUUUAAUUGUAAACAAAGGUUGUUUUUUCAUUAAUAGACAUUGUGUUGUUUCCAUAGUUUUAGUGAAAGAACAAUCAAGUCAUCAGAUAGUGCCUUCUUUGUAAAUUGAGGUUGUGUUGUGUUUCCUCAUACAGACUACAAAAGAAACUAGCUCAAUUUGCAGGAUAUAAAGUCAAGGUUUGCUUCAGUUCCCAAUUAUCCAUGGGUGUUCUGCUUAAAAUAUAAUUUUCCUCUCCCAUACACACCCUUUUAUGUGCAUUGAUGUGCAAAGCAUUUCAUUGUCAGGUUUGUGAUCUAUAGGUGGAUUUAAAGGCAUCCAUUGUAAACCCUAGAUUCCACACCUUUUGCACACAGCAUACUUGAAAAGGACAUAAUUUAUUCAGAUUGUAACUUUUCCUUUCAUGUGACACCCUCAUUCAAAGGAGAACACUUAAUUAGGUUUAGUGAUUAAUAAAACAUUAAAGAUGUGYAGCAAAGGACACAGCCUCAUACAUAAA